AUGGCACCCUCAAGCCCUGCCUCUCCAGACUCUCCUGGUUACAGUAUUGUAUCACCUGGCUCACCAGAAUCACCAGUUCUCUCGACGAUCGAAUCCCCGACAAGCCCUGUGGUUGAGCCGGUUGCUGAUUGGAGAGAUCAUAUACACGACAUCCCUCGCCUUCCCUCUCCACGACCUCGUGUUCUAACCCCAAAUGGGUUUCGAGAAAGUGACACAAAUGAUCAGCAAAUGCAGGUUCCUAUUUUGUUACAGAGUUGCUCGUGGUUCAAGGUCCCGCCUCAUCUCAGGCGCGAUAUUCUGCGACUAGCUUUUGGGGAUCGGCGCCUUCACAUGGGCUUGAAGUUUGAUGCCUCUUUGUCGCCUUCUUGGCACAGCUCCGGUAUGGUUUGUCAUCGAGUCUCUCCAGACGACAAAGGACCAAUGACACGUGGUAGCCUCAAAGACGGACCCUGGGUCGAUGAGUGUGAUUCUCCAGAUCAAGACACAGAGUCUGUUGGGAUAAUGGGGUGGCUUUUAUCUUGUCGUCAAAAUUAUGCCGAAACCAUCGAUAUCCUGUAUUCAAUGAAUACAAUCUUGAUCUACGACGAGCCGCUACUGACUCAUCUCACUCACCUGAUACUACCUCAUCGUCUUGCCCUCAUUACCUCUCUCGAGAUCAAAUGGACAAUCAAUACAGCCGGCGAUCUCAAUACCCUUAUCCAUCGCUUGUCAUUGCAAGACUUUCCAAACCUCAAGCAUCUUUACAUAUCACUUGAAAUCCAUGAGGGAUGUGAAGCAGGUCUUACUCAAUAUUCAAUCAAUAGUGUCCUUGCCGACUUUGUCAGAAACAGGACUGGCCUCAUUGAGUGUGCCGUUGCAUUACCUUUUAGGGCAUUUGAAUCCAUCGCCCGCCACCUAAUACAGGUAGAUUCCAGUUGGGAACGAAAGACAUACAGCCAAAUCUGGAGUUCUUUGGAUGGCGGUUUGCAUGCUGUAAGGCUCCCAUAUGUUGAUAGUUAUCCGAAGCCACCGUUCCAGUUGGGGCUAAACCCAGGUGCUGGAUACUGGCUCUUGGAAGGCACUGCUGCACCCUUGACAUGGAGAUGGAGGUCCAGCAGUAAUGGAUGGUCUGGUGUGUUUCCGGGAUGGGAGGACUGGGGUGAGAAUGCAGAGAAUUAG